CCAAUAUUUGUCUCUCUUCUUCUUCUUCUUCUUCUUCAGAAGCCUGCAUCAAGCAGCAAGAACCAGAGAGUACAAACAUGGUGAAAUUCUCUAAACAGUUUGAAGGGCAGCUUGUCCCUGAAUGGAAAGAAGCUUUUGUUGAUUACUGGAAACUCAAGAAAGAUCUCAAGAAAAUUCAUGCCCUUAACACUAACAAUAAUAACAAGAAUAAUAAUUCUCAUACUCUCACUAAUAUCCUUAAAUCCUCUAUUGGGAAACUCUCUUUGUUUGGCCCCAAACGUAGAGAUCACCAUGGUCCUAUUCAAGUUCACAAGAAGCUCGCGUCUUCAGCUAGCAAGGGUGAUUGGUACGAGACUGAAUUGCUCGAGCAGUUUGCUGAUACUGAUGCAGCUAAAGAGUUUUUUGCUUGUCUUGACAUGCAACUUAACAAAGUGAAUCAGUUUUAUAAAACUAAAGAGACAGAGUUUAUGGAGAGAGGAGAAUCUUUGAAGAAACAAAUGGAGAUUCUCUUAGAGCUCAAGAAUGCCAUCAAGCAACAGCACUGUAAAGGAGCUUCUGUGGAGGACUCAAAGGAGGAUGCUUCUAUAUCUUGCACCAUUUCUUGUGAGGAGGAAUCUGUUAAAAACAGAGCAGAAGCAGAACAAGUGCAAGAGCAAGAGCAAGAGCAAGAUGGCAGCAGUGAUUUGGAGAAAGGUGAGGAGCCAUUUGCCAAUUCCCCAAGAUCAGAUGAGGCAGGAGGAAUAUCAAUGAGAGCAAGAAAAGAUGAUAGAAAAUUGAGAACACUAUCAGAUCGUGUUUUCAGCUUCCAAGGGAAGAACUUGAGGAUCAAUAUUCCCCUCACAACACCUUCUCGUACUUUCUCCGCGAUCAGCUACUUGGUUCGAGAAGAUUUAGUGAACCAGUCUUCGAAGAAAUGUAAUCCAAAUGGAACCAAUCUGCACAUCAACAAAACUAAGUUGCAGCAUGCAGAGAAGAUGAUUAAGAGAGGGUAUAUUGAACUCUACAAAGGGUUGGGUUAUCUCAAGACUUAUAGGAACUCGAACAUGCUAGCUUUCAUUAAGAUUUUGAAGAAGUUUAACAAAGUCACUGGAAAAGAAGUUCUUUCCAUUUAUCUGAAAGUAGUUGAGAGUUCAUAUUUCAACAGCUCAGACAAGGUAAUGAAUUUAGCAGAUGAAGUUGAGAAGCUAUUCAUCAAACAAUUUGCAGAAGACGACCGGAGAAAAGCCAUGAAAUAUCUUAAACCCCAUCAACGGAAAGAAUCACAUUCUGUAACUUUUUUCAUUGGCUUGUUCACCGGUUGCUUCAUUGCCCUCCUAGUUGGAUAUGUGAUCAUGGCUCAUAUCACAGGAAUGUACAGCCAGCAGCCAGAUACAGUAUACAUGGAAACUGCUUAUCCUGUACUUAGCAUGUUCAGCCUGUUGUUUCUACACUUCUUUUUGUAUGGUUGCAAUAUUUUCAUGUGGAGAAAGGCUCGUAUAAACUAUAGCUUCAUAUUUGAGCUUGCACCAACUAAGGAGCUCAAGUACAGAGACGUUUUCUUGAUUUGUACUGUGUCUAUGACUGCUGUAGUCGGGAUGAUGUUUAUUCACUUGUCACUGGUAACAAAAGGGUAUUCACUCUCACAAGUCCAAGCAAUCCCUGGUCUUCUUUUAUUGAUUUUCUUUGUAUUGCUUGUUUGCCCCUUCAAUAUAUCUUACAGAUCAAGUCGAUAUCGUUUCCUAUCUGUGAUUAGAAACAUCAUUUUAUCACCUCUUUAUAAGGUUGUCAUGCUGGAUUUUUUCAUGGCUGAUCAACUUUGUAGUCAGGUGCCAAUGCUCAGGAACCUUGAGUAUGUGGCAUGUUACUAUAUAACUGGUAGCUACAAGACCCAGGACUAUGGUUACUGUAUCAGAGCAAAGUACUUUAGGGAUCUUGCUUAUGCAGUGUCCUUUUUACCCUACUAUUGGAGGGCAAUGCAGUGUGCACGGAGAUGGUUUGACGAAGGGGAGACGAGUCACCUUGUGAACCUGGGAAAAUAUGUAUCAGCAAUGUUGGCAGCAGGAGCCAAAGUGGCUUAUGAGAAAGAACAAACAGUAGGAUGGCAGUGUCUUGUUGUGAUCACAUCAAGUGCUGCAACAGUAUAUCAGUUGUAUUGGGACUUUGUCAAAGACUGGGGUUUGUUGCAAAUGAAUUCUAAGAAUCCUUGGCUUAGAAAUGAGUUAAUGCUUCGUCGAAAGAUCAUUUACUACUUCUCAAUGGGAUUAAACCUUGUCCUCAGGCUUGCAUGGUUACAGACUGUUGUUCACUCGAAUAUCGGACACGUUGAUUAUAGAGUUACCGGGCUACUUUUAGCCUCGCUUGAAGUCAUAAGAAGGGGGCAGUGGAACUUUUACAGGUUGGAGAAUGAGCAUCUAAAUAAUGCAGGCAAGUUCAGAGCAGUGAAGACAGUGCCACUUCCCUUCCAUGAAGUGGAUGAAGAAGAUUGAUGCCUAAUUCGAAAUAGUUGCUAAUAGAAUUCGAUUUUAUUGUCAGAUGGAUGGUUUUCAAUUAAAGAUUUCCUUUCUCCAGGAAGUGUACAAGUUGAUUUCACAAGAUAACCCACUUAUUUAGCAUUAUUCCAUUGAUGAAAAUAUGGUCCAUACUUGUAUACAAAAUUUUAUAGAACAACGAUAAGAAAUUUAUUGGAAACGCAGUUGCGUUAA